UCAUACACAAUGAAUACUGUCAAAUAUGUUCACCCAAGUCCUUUGCGAAUGAUAUCAUGCGAUAGAUCAUUUUUUUUCUUAGUUCAAGUUUGCUUUGCAAGUGCAUCGGAAAGUGGACACAGUUGUAUGUGUGGUGUUUUUGGCUUCUGUGCUUUUUUUUGCCAAUUCAAACAGUUUAAAGCUUCCCUGCCUUGUUGUAUUUUUCUGCAUUUGUGUCCACGUGUCUCAAAUAUACCAAAACAAACAUAUUCUGAAAUAUUAGUCUGUUGAGAGAGGACAAGAAAAAUACAUUAUGGAAAGUUAUAAUGAUAUUAAUUGCUGAAGAGAGGGUAAAGUCCUGGUAAGUGGAGUCCCCUACUAAUGUCACACCUUGACGAUUUAGGCAGCGCAUGCCUGACGUGAUCAUUUUGAUGGCAUACGUUGAACUGCCGACGUUUUUUUUUUCAAUUUUGGGCGUAUACACAGCGUAUUCAUAACGAGGUCGACGUAAACAUGACGUAUUAGUAACUUAUAUAGAACGUUUCUAUAACUUAUAGACAACUUAUAUCAACGAAUGCGUAGCGUGUUGCCGGUGUUCACAAUUUAUGCCCAACGCCUGUCACACCUUGACGAUUUAGCCAGCUUACGCCAACGUAUGAAAAAAUUGCCCAAUACGCUGGCGUACGUCCAAUAAGUUAUGGGUAAGUUUUGUAUAAGUUAAGAGCACGCUGAAGCAUGCCGGCAUACGUCAUAGUACGUCCAAGUCGUCCAAAAAUUUUGUACAUGCACAAAACAUUUCGACGUAUGUCAACGCAUGAUUAAUAAGUCCCACAUCCGCGGGCAAUAAGUUAUGCGAUCGUUGACGCCCGUUCACACAUGUUAUUUGUAAGUUACGUACAAGUCAAAAUAAGUCAACAUACCUUGAGACAGAACUGUCUUCUUGGCGAGUGAAGACGGAGGCUGUUGUGUUUGUAUUUGCAGGUAAGUUUGCAGCUUGACCAGUAGAGGGCACUGUGACACUGGGAAUGGAACCAACUUGUUCUGAUUUUUUUAUCAACUUUAUUAAUGCAUUAGCGAGUCACAAAUCCAUGAGUGGUAGCGUAUGCAGCCUACACCAGGGGUCUCAGACUCGCGGCCCCUGGGACGAUAGUUUGCGGCCCCCAUCUUAAUAUGACAAAUUAAUAUUCGUGUGGCUCGCAACUUUGAUGUGAAUGACACUUGUCGUGUGCGGAGCUGAACGAACCAAUCACGGUGAGGUAUAUGGUCUCGAGGGCGGGACCUUGGCCGAACGAACCAAUCACGGUGAGGUAUAUGGUCUCGAGCUGGCUAAAUCGUCAAGGUGUGACAGGGCCUUUAGUCUUUAAUCAUUAGCUGCUAACUAUAGCUAGGCACCAACUGGAUCUGGGCUGCAUUUGUAAGGCCACUUUAUUUUCCUCUUCAUUCAAGUUUUUAUUUUCUCCAAGACAAAACAUCAAAGUUUUGUCUGAAAGUGCCUCCGCAAGUAUUUCUUUAAAUUGUUUUUGCAGUGGACCCUCGGUCAGCGUCCACACCGGUGAGUGUGUUUUUCGGUUAACGUUGAAAAAUUGACGUCUACAUUUUGCUUCGGUUUGUGUACAUUUUCUGAUUAGCGUACAAUAUGGCACGUGUUUUGUUCUAUUGUUAUUACACUGCGUGAGUCCAGCUGUGUUCUAAGUGUAAUUUUAUCACAAAACGUACUGUUAGCCACCUUCCUAAUUUGUGGUUUUCUUAAGUUCAGGAGUGUUUCUCACCUUCUUUAUCAAAAUGCUGUUAUGGGUUAUCGAGGUGAGAAACACUAUUGAAUUCAAGAAAUAUUUCAGGACAAACUGGGAAGGUGGUGUUGGUGUUGAUCUGUCGGUGGUAUCCUGGAGCCUAUCCCACCUGACGGGGUACACCCUGGACUGGUCGCCAGCCAAUCGCAGGGCACAUAUAGACAAACAACCAUUCACACUCACAUUCAUACCUAUGGACAAUUUAGAGUCUCCAAUUAACUUAACCCAACAUGCAUGUUUUUGGAAUGUGGGAGGAAACAUGGAGAAACACGAAGACUCUCCUGACUGUGUGGCCAACAUGUUAACCACUAUUCCACCGUGCGGCCCUCACAUCUUCAAUGAAGAUGUGUUGCCAUGACCACGUCGGUAGUUACUCGCCACCUCACUGUACCACUUGAGACGGCGCCACCGGCUGCCCUAAGAGUGCAGCGCACAGCAUGGUCGACACGAUGGCGCCUCACACAGUCCCUCACCACCUGCUCAACGUGAACAACAGCAAUAACAAUGAAGAGAAGAAGGAAAAGCAAGAAAAGGGAGCAAAUGAGAAGGGUGUAGAAAAGCCCAAAGAAAUAUUUGUCAUUAACCCAGCUGGAAAUCUCUAUUACAACUGGUUGUUCAUCAUCACGUUGCCGGUCAUGUACAACUGGACCAUGAUCAUUGCCAGGGCAUGCUUUGAGGAGCUGCAGCACAACUUCAUCGUUUACUGGAUUUUAUUGGACUACACCUCAGACCUCAUCUACCUAGCUGAUAUGUUCUUCAGGACCAGAACAGGUUACCUUGAGCAAGGCCUGAUGGUCAAAGAUGAAAAGCUGCUCCGCGACCGCUACAUGAACAGCUUCCAGUUCCGGCUGGAUGUUAUCUCCAUGUUGCCAACCGACGUCCUGUAUCUACUUCUGGGUGUGGACUACCCGGAGAUCCGCAUCAACAAGCUGCUAAGGAUCGGCCGCAUGAUGGAGUUCUUCACAAAGACGGAAACUAAAACAAACUACCCCAACAUCUUUCGCAUUGCGAACCUGAUCAUGUACAUCCUCAUCAUCAUUCACUGGAAUGCCUGCUUCUACUUUUCCUUCUCCAAGUCUAUUGGUUUUGGGGCAGAUGAAUGGGUUUACCCAGCGUUAGAUGAUCCUGAAGAACCUGCCUUUGGGCAGCCCAUGAGGAAGUAUGCCUUCAGCCUCUACUGGUCCACACUGACUCUGACCACCAUUGGAGAAACUCCACCGCCAGCCCUCGAUUCGGAAUUUCUCUUCCAUGUGGUGGACUUCUUAGUUGGGGUUCUCAUCUUUGCCACCAUUGUGGGAAAUAUUGCUACGAUGAUCUCCAACAUGAAUGCAGCCCAAGCCCAGUUUCAGGCUCGAAUUGACAACAUCAAGCAGUACAUGCAGGUUCGAAAGGUCAGCAAGGAUCUGGAAUUGCGUGUCAUCAAGUGGUUUGACUACCUGUGGAACAAUGGCAAGGCGCAGGAUGAGCGUGAGGUGCUGCGGUAUCUCCCAGACAAGCUGAAAGCCGAGAUAGCCAUCCAAGUUCACAUGGAGACGCUGAAGAAGGUUCGCAUUUUUGCUGACUGUGAAGCAGGCCUGUUGAUCGAGCUGGUGCUAAAGCUCCGGCCUCAGGUGUUCAGCCCCGGAGACUACAUCUGCAAGAAGGGCGAUAUCGGUCGUGAGAUGUACAUCAUCAAAGAUGGGAAAUUGGCGGUUGUGGCGGAUGAUGGCGUCACUCAGUUUGUGGUGCUGGGAAGCGGGAGUUAUUUUGGUGAGAUCAGCAUCCUUAAUAUCAAGGGCAGCAAAGCAGGAAACAGGCGGACAGCCAACAUCCGCAGCAUUGGAUACUCGGACCUCUUCUGCCUGUCCAAGGAUGACCUGAUGGAGUCGUUAGUGGAAUACCCAGACGCGAAGGGCAUGCUGGAGGAGAAAGGCCGACAAAUCCUGAUGAAAGACGGCCUGAUUGACUUGGAUCCGGCCAACAUCAAGCCAGAGGCUAAGGAGCUGGAGGAGAAGGUCAGCAGAUUAUACAACACAAUGGAUCUGAUGCAGACCAAACUGAAGAAGAUCCUGGGAAAACACAAGAAAACGGAUAAGGUUCUGUGGCAUCGCAUCACCGACCUGGAACGAAUGGCAGGUGAGGAGGUAGAGGAUGAAGACGAGGAGAAGGAGGAGGUGGUGAAAGAGGAGGGAAUUCAGGUGGAACAUGAUAAAGCUGGAGGGGAGGAAAAGGAAGAAGAGGAAGAGAAGGGCGAAGCAAAGGAUGAGGAUGGCAAAAAAGUGACGAAAGAAGACGAGAAAUAAAAUCCUUUCAAUAAAACACAUCACUUUUCUAGAGAGAUAGGGGAGCACAAGCACAUUGUAAAAAAACAUGCAGAAUACAAUACGUAACCAUGGAAACUGUGAUGCGCGAACAUAGACAAUAAAUCUAUAGGCAAAUCCAAUUUUUUUUUAAAAUCUGCUUUUUCUAUCUAUGCCCUACUGCUUUCUGGCCUACAGUCUACUGCAUGGUGGAUUUGUGCACUGACAAAUAAAUGUAUACUUUUGUAUACACUAUAUUUAAUUAUUUACGACUGUAAUACAAUCCUUAUUGACUGGCUUGUUUUGAACUUAAAGGUAGAUUAUUUUAAGAGUGAUGUCACUGAAGAGGAGCACUCACGGCUGAUUGAAUGGUUAGGGCCAGCGUAUUUCUUUGUUGUCUUUCAAAGCUGUACUUAUAGCUCAGCUAUUGCUUUUUUUUAGGAGAUUAAAAAAAAAUGUCCUUGUGAAUGAAUUGAAAUGUCAUUUGUUUGAGCCUUUGAUUGGUAUAUACUGUAAUCAAAAACGAUCCAUGAUUUGAAGCUGUUCAAAUCAAAUGUCAGUGAAAUGUUUGUGAAUUAAGCUGAGUAACACUGGGUACUUUUAUGGAGCUUGUGGUUUUUCUUACUGAAGUAAUUUUGUAUAGUAAAGUCGUCAAUAAUCAGACAUUUAGCAUGAUGACAAAAAACCCCAAAAGAACAAGACAAUGUAUAUUACCGUAAAUGCCGGUGUAUAAGUCACACUAGCCGCACCCACUAAAUAUAGAGGAAAAAACAGAUUUGUUGUUAUAUAAGCCACACCGGUGUAUAAGCCGCGCGUGUCCAUGUCAUAAAGUGGCAUACUGUGGCGCGUAUGAGUCCGUGAGGACCAGUUAGCUCUUUAUUUGACCGGAGCCAAUCAUGAGUUAUGAAUAAACUCACGACAAGCUUGACAACCAGUUGGAAAUUGCAGAAGGUCAUCACUCAAUAUAACAGCCAGAUCACGGUUGUUUUUAAAAACAUUAAAUUCAUCACAUGGCAACUAACAAACAUUAUACCUCAGACAUAUACAAACAUGUGUCAAUACGAGUUUUAUAUGAAAAAAACCCAACAUUUUAAGUGUUGCCAUAAUGCAUUUUGUUUGAGAAAACCAUUGCAUUGGAGGAGAGCAAAGAAAGCAUAGAAAAUGGGGCUGCAAUGCUGCUUCUGAAAAAGGGAAUAGGGACGGUGACAUAACACGUACAGCACCCAAUGAGUGUGUUGCUCAGACGCAAUGCCUUAUGGGACUUUAAAACUUUAAAAUGUUGUUUUUUUUAAUUUUAAAGUCAUAUUGCGACAUGUUUGUAUAUUUUGUGUAUACACCUUUUGAGUAUUAGGUUGCUGUGUGCUGAAUUUAGUGCUGUUAGUAAAGUGUUCUUUGAAAGAUGA